AUGCUUUCUUGUGGUCUCUUUUCUAAGAGCGAAGAAACCUCUAAGGUUGCCUCCAUUAAAAAAGUAGAAUCAGAUGAUGAAGACGAGAAACAUAUCAUUCCUGACUUUGGAACACUCGACUUGACUAAUGGUCAGUAUCGUCGAUAUGGGGGACUAACCAAGUCUCUAGCCGCAACCGUAUCACUUUUCCCAUCAAAACGUCGCCAUAUGGUCGUCUGGUUAUGGGAGAAACAAUACCUGUGUCCGUUUAAUUAUCACGCACUCGCGGAGGUGAAAAGGGACAGGUUUGAGACCUUUCUGGUUGCUGCGGAGAAGAUCAUGGCAUUGCGCAAGGAGAAGAAAUCGACUAAGCAUAUCAUUGAUAUUGCGGGUGAAUACGUUGCCACUCAUAGAAUGGUCUGGUCUGAACAUUCAGGCUGGCGGGAGGCUCUCGUACGGUACUUUGUGGGCCAUGUGCUUUGGUGCUUUUUUGAGGCAUAUCCGAAAUUCGUCCCUAUUCAUACAUCAAACAAGGAUCCUCUCGAACAUGCCGUGACAAGCAUGUUGGGUCUCCCGGAUUCGGAUAUUGAUCAGUUAAUUACGAGUAUUGGUGUGAUAGUGCCGAAUGCUAGAGACGGAGGUAUAGAUGAUCUGUUUGGUUCGUGGACCGAUGGAAGAUUGAUUUACCUGUCUCGAAGAGUAUUGAAUUUCGGAAUGCACAACAAAAGGACAAGUGACAAGUUAUUGAAAGCUGGAAAAGAGAACGGAAGUACAAUCAACUUACGUCUGGCAUUGGCAAGGCAUCUCGAUCAAUACGAUAGAAGGGAAAUGAUGGCUAACGCUAUUGAAAUGUCAAGGGCGCUUUAUGGAGAGUUCCAUGCCAUUACCUGGCACUGCACAGAGCAGCUAGGGAAAUUCUGGCUGGACAUGGCCCCGGACAACAUGAUACGAUACUAUUUUUCGAAUACAAAGGGUAACAAGGAACAGGUAGUGCUAGAUCUGUACGAAAAGUUCCUAAACCAUGCAGAAAAAAUUGAACUUUCUAGCUCGCUAAAAACUUCCGAACGUGAAGCGCUCUCUGACUUACUGAAACACAGAGUUGUCCCCGCCGUGGCCAACACAUACAUGAAAAACGGCAAAGAGUUGGAGGCCAGAAAACUACUCUGGAGAAGUAUAAAAGACUCAAGCUCGCAGAUCUACCAGGACAACUGGAGGCCGUUCGGUCCGAGAUUGGGAAGCAUGGACCAUCGGUUAUUGCUCCCAAUUCAAUCGCUUGGAGAAUUUGAUGGCUGCUAUGACCUGGCAUACAGCAGUUUGGAACUGGUGAUUUUCCCUUUCGAUGAAAUCUCGCUACAGUUGGUCAAACCUUCGGAUGAGGAAAAGAGCAGAAAAUGGCAUUUUGUCUUUGAAUGGUUGCCGAAUGGUGAUGUUCACAAUUUCAAAUCCAUUGAAUGGUCUCCAGGUCUGGAGGGAGGCUAUGAGCCUCGGGUAGUACAAGAAGUCGAGAAUUCUGAUAGAAAGGAGAGCAUGAUUCUUGAACUUCCGUACAUCGCUUACGGUCAUUUCAAGACUUCGCAGGAAUACCGAAAGGGAAGAACAUAUGAAUAUUACCGCAAGGGAUCAAAUAAUCAGCAACUCGACGAAUGGAUGCGCAAAGAUGAAAACAAGUAUACCCUCCGGCCUUUGCAUGGUGGUUAUGUCGACUAUUUGGCAUUAUGGGAAACUUGGCCAAGCGUUGGGGGUGCUCUGGUGAACUCUGAGAAGGGCGAAAUUGAGAAAUUCUUGUACGAUCGAGAAACGGGGUCACUGAAGUUCGUGGAUGAGAAAGAGAAACUUUCCCCUCAUGAGGAACUCGACAAUCCACCUCGCUACAAAGUUCUUGACAUCUCAGAAUGCAAAGAACAUAUCCCUGGAUUCUUCAACAGCACACCCGGCGACGUGGCUGCGGUAGAUGAAACCAGUGCCGUGUCUCAGGGCUUCAAUCUGGUCUCUGCUGAAUGGUACGAUUGGAAACGGUUCAUUCUUCAUCCAUGUGACUCAUCAAUGGAGCAACAGCCGGAAUUAGUAGCUACAGAUGGGACUCCUAUUCCUAUACUUGGGUACAUAUACGGAAGCUGGACGGACGACAAGCUUCGGAAACAGUGGAGGGGGUUGCAGAUCUGGGUUACUCAAGCGACUUUCUCCCCAGAUACAUCGCAGGACGGACAGUCUUGUCAUUUCGUCCUGAAUCCUCAGGAUUUUUUGACCCCAAGUGAAACUCGAGAAAUAUGUAAAUUCCUCAAUCCAUCAAUGCUCCGAGUCAUGAAUCACGAGACGCCUAUACUUUGGGCGUGCACAAUGGGCGAACCACCGCCAGAUGAUUUCGAGGGCGUCACGAUUAAGCCGCCUCCGGGCACACAAAGAGAUAUAAUCGCCGAAACCUGCUUCCGCGAUGCUUGGGAUACGGACUUCGCUUUCAAGUUCUGGAAUCGUCUGUUGAUGGGUAAUUCUCGAAGAAAGAUCAUGAGUGACCAGUUGAAGGAAGAGACUUCAAGACGGAGAGAGUGGGAUCGGGAAUGUUCAGGGGCUUUGAAGCCUUGGCUUCAUUCUCGCAAGUGA